AUGUCGGAGUUUUGGCUAAUUUCCGCCCCUGGCGAUAAGGAGAAUUUACAGGCCCUGGAGAGGAUGAAUACCGUGACCUCCAAGUCCAACCUGUCUUACAACACCAAGUUCUCGAUCCCUGACUUCAAGGUGGGGACCUUGGAUUCCCUGGUCGGCCUCUCUGACGAGCUGGGGAAACUGGACACCUUUGCUGAAAGCCUCAUCCGGAAGAUGGCGCACAGCGUGGUGGAGGUGAUGGAGGACGCCAAGGGCAAGGUGCUGGAGAACCUCCUGGCCAACGGAGUCGACCUGCCGUCCUUCGUGACCCACUUUGAGUGGGACAUGGCCAAGUACCCUGCCAAGCAGCCGCUGGCCGGCGUGGUGGACACUCUGGCGAAGCAGCUGGCACAGAUCGAGACUGACCUGAAGUCCCGGACGGCAGCUUACAACACCCUGAAGACGAACCUGGAGAACCUGGAGAAGAGGUCCACGGGCAACCUCUUCACGCGGACCCUGAGCGACAUCGUGAGCAAAGACGACUUCGUGCUGGACUCCGAGUACCUGGUCACGCUGCUGGUCGUCGUUCCCAAGUGCCCGGCCGGUGCCCGCGGCGAGCAGACGCGUCUCCACAGAUUGAUCGCGGAGGACAGCGAGGGCGGCCUCUUCACCGUGACUCUGUUUCGAAAAGUGAUCGACGACUUCAAGUCCAAAGCCAAAGAGAACAAGUUCACUGUCCGCGAAUUUUAUUAUGAUGAGAAAGAAAUUAAAAGGGAAAGGGAGGAGGUGAGCAGGCUGCUGUCGGACAAGAAGCAACAGUAUGCUGGGCUGCGGCUCGCUGCUUCUGCUGGCUCCCGGCGCCUCUCCUCAGCGCAGGCCUCGCCUUGUCUCGGUGCUGGACGGCGGGCUGCAGGCUCACGGCUCUCGCCUCUGCAGGGCCCCCUGCUGCGCUGGCUCAAGGUGAACUUCAGCGAGGCCUUCAUCGCCUGGAUCCACGUCAAGGCGCUGAGGGUGUUCGUGGAGUCCGUGCUCAGGUACGGACUGCCGGUGAACUUCCAGGCGGUGCUCCUCCGGCCGCAGAAGAAGUCUUCCACCAAGCGCCUGAGGGAAGUGCUCAACUCGGUCUUCAGACAUCUGGACGAAGUAGCUGCCGCCAGCAUCCUCGACGCGUCCGUGGAGAUCCCUGGGAUACAGCUCAACAACCAGGACUACUUCCCUUACGUCUACUUCCGCAUCGACCUCAGCCUCCUGGACUGAGGGCGAGGGGCACGGAGCCCCACGG